GAUUUUCUAAAUACGAAUAUGACAACUAAUGCGAAUAUUGAGAACGCUAGAAACAAGAUUCUGGCGGCAAGCGACAAAAGAAGAUAAAUCGAGUAGUACAUAUAUAGUGAAAAUUACUGAACUGUUCGGAAUUCGGGAACUUAGCGAAAUAGAGACGAGUUUUUCAAGCUCCUUGUAUUUUGUCGAUAAGGACGCAUGUAAAACAGAACGAGUAAAGAAAGGAAAAAGAUAAGAAGUAGUCGGCAGAGUUGAAAACAUUGAUGAGAAAACACUAUUGCAACGACGACUAUAAAAAUAAUUUCAAAUAAUUAAAUAAUUACUAUGAGGUAAUAUACAAUACUCUAAAUUAUCUAUGAUAAAAAUGUAUUAUUUUGAUUUCUAUAAUUACAUUUUACCAACUGAUAUGAAUUCUUAAUCAGUCGGUAUUUUUUUUAGGCUUUUUAACUAAGGCAGACGUACGCCCAUUGAGGAACUUUUUCAUUUCCAAUUCCUUUGCAUAUAUUCCCAAUUAGUAUCUAGAUAAUUUUCUUUUCUCCUUUUAUUGUUACUUUUUACUAGUCUUUAAUGUCUAAAAGAAGUAAUUUUAAAGCCUGUAUCAUUAACACUAAACCUACCGACACUUCGUGUAUACCUAUUACUACCGUUUAACAGUUGCAGCAGUUUCCUUCAGUGUAACGCUGUUGAAAAGGAAGAACGCGAAAUCGCCGCAUACCCAAAUCGUCAAGUGCUGCUCCAAACGCCUCGUUGUCAAUGUGUUGAUGGAAAUUUUGUAAAGAUAUUUGUUAAACUUUCGUUUGACUGAAAGAGGUUGAGGCUAAACAUUAUAUAGUUUAGUGGUUUCCAACUUCUCUUUCAUGCUUGCUUGCUGCCCUUUCCUGCAUUUAUCGUUGUCGACAAAAUAUGUAGUAUUUAUUUACUAAGAGCUUGGAAAAUCGUGUCUCACACGUUAGUUGUUUUAAUCUAAUUUUGAAUCUCGAAAGGUUACUAGAUAUGAGAUACGUUUUAUAACAGCAAAAUUUCGUAUCUGUGCAAUAAAUUUUCAGUAUUACGCACAUUUAAAAAGCUGCAUCGUACGCGAAUGGAAACUUUUCAAGGUGAUGACCAUGCAUUACAAGUUACAAGGAAUAAGUUAAACGAAGAGUACAAAAAGUACAAAAAUGUCACAAACCCAGCUGCUAUUGAAGAGCUAAACAAAUUUGCGGAAGAAGUAGAACACGAACUACGAACAACAGUAAUUCAAGCAGUUGAAACAAAGCCUGGAACUUUUGAAUUACGUCUUACAGCUGAUAAAUUGAUAGAUAGUGUACCUUACAAGGAUGAGGAAUGUCAUAGUAGUAAUAAAAAUGCAGAUCUAAGUAUACCCACUUCAAAAGAUAAACCAAAAUAGUAAUUGCAAAUGUAAAAUAAAUUCUGAUUUUGUAAUAUGUUAGAUAAUUAAGUCUAGAAUAAAAAGAGAAUGUGUUGCUUUAUGAAAGAA